CCCCUCCCCCAGGCCCGUGAUGCAGGUGUCGGAGGAUGUAUGUGCCCAGCUGGAGGAUGAGCUGCUCUUCUGCGAGGAUUGCCGGCUGUACUUCCGGGACGUCUGCCCCCAGCACGGAGCGCCCACCUUCAUCGCCGACUCGCCCGUGCCGGCCCGGGCGCCCUCGCGGGCCCUGCUCUCCCUGCCCCAGGGGCUGCUGGUGAAGGAGCGGCCCCAGGGCGGGCUGGGCGUGUGGAGCACUCUGCCCGCCCUGCCCCGUGGCUGCAUCUUCGGCCCCUACCAGGGGGAGGUGGUGCUGGAGCACGGGGAGUGCACCCUCUUCUCCUGGGCGGUACGGGAAAACGGCUCCUAUUUCUACAUUGAUGCCUCUGAUGACUCCAAGUCCAGUUGGAUGAGGUGAGGGCUGGGGGGCCCCUUCCCACCCCACUAGCUCCCGCAUGACACCCCAGUUCCUGCCCUGCUGGGGUACCCAGGGGUCCCUCCUCUGGGUUGGGGGUUCCUCAUUGCCCCCCCCUCUGCCCAGGGGUCCCUGCUCUGGGCUGGGGGUUCCCCCCAUUGCCUCCCCCCCUCUGCCCAGGGGUCCC